CACAAGGCGGCUUUUCCAGGUCAGCCCGAGCUGGAAUGGUGACAUCUAAUUAAAAAGUGGCACCUUACACUUUAACGCAUCAACACUGGUCUGCAUCUAUCUCGUUUCCAUCUGUACAAAUAAUUGCAGCACACAAUCUGCAAUGACGCACCAUGGAGAAUGUGCUCCGUUGUCUAAAGUGCCAAGGUUGGCCAAGUUGGAUGGACCAAGCUGUGUUUCAGUCAGAAGCUCCAACUCAAUAUUGGAGCCAAUAGAAUUUAAACAGGUAUCCAUUUCUCUUACACAAAGCUCAUGUAAACAGCCAAGCCCGUUUUCUGGGGAACCUGUCUGUGAUCCAAGUAUGAGGGCAUCAUCAAAACCUGAAUGUGCAACAUCAAUGACGAAGCACAUUUCUACUGACUUAUGGAAACGAUCUGUUUGCAUCCCUAGUUCAGUACCUUGUGGGGACUCAGAAGCAGUGCUGCAACAUAAACGUAGGCUAAAAGCAAAGUUUCAGUUCAUUUCCAAUGAUGUUUUGAGACAAGAUCAUGCAGCAUCCCUGAACGAUGUUUACACAGAGCUCUACAUCAUAGAGAGUGACCGCAGUAACGUUAACAAUGAGCAUGAAGUGAGACAGAUUGAAAUAAUAUCCAGAACACACACAGCUGUGGAAAUUCCCAUCAAAUGCAAUGAUAUCUUCAGUUCCUUAAAUGCAAGCAGCAAAGCCAUUCACAGUGUGAUGACAAAAGGCAUUGCUGGCAUUGGAAAAACGGUGUCUGUACAGAAAUUUGUCCUGGACUGGGCUGAAGCAAGAGCGAAUCAGGACAUGGAGUUCAUUUACCCACUUGCAUUCCGUGAGCUCAACUUAAUGAAGGAGAAGCAGUUUAGCUUGGUGGAACUUCUUCAGUAUUUUAGAAUGGAGAUUCCUCAAAGAGGAGAUUUUCAGGACCACAAAGUUCUCUUUAUCUUUGAUGGGCUGGAUGAAAGCCGCUUUGCUCUAGACUUUCAGAACAAUGAGAGGGUGUGUGAUGCAACAAUGCGAGUCUCCCUAGAUGUCCUAGUAACAAACCUCAUUGGUGGGACGCUACUUCCCAGUGCUCUUCUCUGGAUAACUUCCCGUCCAGCAGCGGCCAAUCAGAUCCCUCCUCAGUUUGUUGACCUUGUCACAGAGAUACGAGGAUUUAAUGACCCCCAGAAAGAGGAGUAUCUCAAGAAGAAAAUCAAUGACCAGAGUCUGGCUUGCAGGAUCAUCACACACAUUAAGUCCUCAAGGAGCCUCUUCAUCAUGUGUCACAUCCCUGUCUUCUGCUGGCUCACAGCAACUGUUCUGGAGACAUUGUUGGGUUCCUCAGAGGCAGGAGAAAUUCCCAAGACACUGACUCAAAUGUACAUACACUUUCUGCUAAUUCAGACCAGAGCUAAACAAAGAUACUUUGACAGACGUGAAGAUGGUCUAGCAGACGAGGACAUGAUUGUGAAAUUGGGGAAACUUGCUUUUGAGCAGUUGGAAAAGGGCAACAUCAUCUUCUAUGAGGAAGAUCUGCGAGCCUGUGGAAUUGAUUUCAAGGAGGCAGUGAUCUACUCAGGAGUGUGCUCGCAGAUCUUUAAAGAAGAGCAUGCUAUGACUCAGAGCAAGGUCUACUGCUUUUUGCACCUGAGCAUCCAGGAGUUUCUUGCUGCUGUGUAUGUGUUUGUCAUGUGUAAUGUCAACAAUUGGAAUGUUCUUGAUGAAAAGAGCUGCAUUAUGGUAGAUCUUAGUAGGCCGGCACUGUGUGAGCUGCACAGGAGUGCAGUAGAUAGAGCAUUAAAAAGUGAAAAUGGAAACCUGGACCUUUUCCUUCGGUUCCUUUUGGGUCUCUCCCUGGACUCCAAUCAGACCCUCCUGCAGGGUCUGUUGACAAAGGUUCAGUACAAUUUUCAAAGCCUAGAAGCAUCAGUUGAUUACAUCAAGAAAAAGAUAGAGGAGAACUCCUCUACAGAGAAGUCCAUCAAUCUAUUCCACUGUCUGAAUGAACUCAACGAGCUCUCUUUGGUAAAAGAUAUCCAACACUACCUGAGCUCAGAGUGGUUCUCCAAAUUCUCCCUCACGCAGUGGUCAGCUCUAGUGUUUGUGUUACUGACAUCAGCAGAUAGGCUUAAUAUAUUUGACCUCAAGAAAUACAGCAAAUCGGAUGAAGGUCUCCUGAGACUGCUGUUAGUGGUGAAAGCUUCAGAAAUCGCUUUACUCAGUAACUGUGGGCUCUCAGAGAGGUGCUGUAAAGCUCUGGGCACUGCACUUGAGUCCUCAAACCUGCGAGAGCUGGACUUGAGUGGUAACUCGAUAGGAGACACAGGACUGAGGCGUCUUGCAGAGGGGCUGGGAAAUGCAGAAAGCAAACUGGAGAGAGUCAGGCUCUCAUACUGUAGAAUUACACCACAGGGCUGUGCCAUUCUGGCAACACGGCUCAUUCCAAAACUGUUACUGCUAAAAGAAUUAGACCUCAGUGACAACAGCCUGAGAGAAGCAGGGAUUCGGAUACUAGCUACUCAACUGAGGAAUCCACACUGCAAAAUAGAAAUACUCAGACUGAAGGACUGCAGAGUGACCCCUAAUGGAAGCACUGCACUAGCCUCAGCUCUCAAGUCUAACCCCUCACACCUGAAAGAACUGGACCUGCACUGGAAUAACCCAGGAGACAGUGGAGUGGAGCAGCUUGCAGCUGUUGUGAAGGAUCCACUCUCUAAAUUGGAAGUGCUUUGGCUAAGUUAUGGUUUGCUCACGGAGAAGUGCUGCGAGGCACUUGCUACAGCAUUCAGAAGUUACUCUUCUGUUUUAAAAGCAGUGGACCUGAGCGGUAACUUAAUAGAAGACACAGGAGUGGAAUGGCUCUCCAGUGGGCUGCAAAGUCCUCAGUGUAGACUGGAGAUACUGAGGUUGGCAUUUUGUGGAAUGACAGAGAAGGGGGCUUCUGUUUUGGCCUCUGCAUUUGCGGCAAAUCCUGCAGCCAUCAGAGAGCUGGACCUGAGUGAGAAUCCCAUUGGAGAUUCUGGACUAAAAGCACUCUCUCAGGUGCUGGAAAAUGUCAAGUGCAGACUACAGACACUAAGGUUAAGAGAGACAGGCGUCACAGGAGAAGGCUGUGUUGCUCUUGCUUCAGCUCUUGCUUCAAACCCCAUCCACCUGAGAGAACUGAAUCUGGGUAACAAUGACCUAAGGGGCACAGGAAUAAAGUUCCUUUUUGCUGCCCUGGAGGAUCACAGUAGUGCAAUUUUAAAACUAGAGCUGAACCAGUGUAGCUUAACCACAGGAUGUUGUGACUCACUGGCUUCUGCUCUGGGGAAAAAGUUUUCAUGUCUGAGGGAGUUGAACCUGGGAUGCAAUAACCUGCAAGACUCUGGUGUGAAGAGUCUGUGUGCUGGACUCGAGAGUCCACAUUGUAAACUGAAGACUUUGAGUUUAUCUAACUGUGGAGUCACUGAGGAAAGCUGCACAAUUUUAGCAUCUGUUCUAAGUGGAAAACAUGCAAUUCUGAAAGAACUGGACCUGAGUGAAAAUGACCUCAAAGACACCAACAUACGUCAGCUCUCAGCCUUAAUGGAAAAUCCAGACCACAAACUGGAGAAAAUUAACUUGUACUGAAUGACCAUACUACAUGCAGGGGCUCCCAGGGAACAGUCUUACUCCAAUGGAAAGGAAUUGCUUUAGUAGUCUAUAAAUGGCAUUAAUAUUCUCUCGUAUUGAAUGUUACUGCUUCACCUUCAUGUUUAUGGUCGUUGACAUCCAAAUUUAAAAAUUUCCUGGUAUUUGUACAUUAACAAUGAUUUUUUUUUUUUUUUUGAGGCAGUGUUGACUUUACAUAAUUACUGUAAAUGAAGUUGUUUGGGCAACAAAUGUAGAUGUAACCUGAUUGGUUAAGGUCAGUUAUUUAGUACUUCACAUUGAACUGUAUUUAUAUAAACUUUGUUAAACUUAAACUAUGACCUAUUUAAACUAUUUAAUAUUACCUUGCAUAUAAAAUAUUCUGCCCUUAACAGUUGACCUAUUUAAACUCUCUACUAUUAUCUUGCAUAUAAAUUAUUCUGCUCUUAACAGUCCUGAUGAUUGAAGGAUUAAAAAUUUCACUUAACAUGGUGGAACUGUCAUUUGAAAAGGCAUUUUAUGUACUUGGACAAUCCACACCAUUCUUGUCGGGUCGCUCCCUACUACUACAGUCAGGAUCUGCCCACUGAGUUACAGAACAGCUAACAGCACAGCAACAAGUCCACUACAGUCUCUAACCAUGCAUUCAUAACUUCUAAAAGAUGUUUAAAUGUUUCAUAAAGAGGGUAGAAAGUGCUGCCUAUUUUAACUCAUCGAUAAUUAUAGGCAGCGUUCU